GAUGCAGUGGUCAAGUGCGAGUUCUUCAAUGCUGGCGGAUCCGUCAAGGAUCGCAUUGCGGGCAACAUGCUGAUGCACGCGGAAGCAGAGGGCCUUCUCAUUCCCGGAAAGUCGGUCAUCGUCGAGCCUACGUCUGGCAACACGGGUGUAGGACUAGCCUUGGCUGCAGCCAUCAAAGGUUACCGAUGCAUCAUUGUAUUGCCCGAAAAGAUGUCUGCUGAGAAAGUCACUACGCUCAAGGCUCUGGGAGCGGAGGUGGUCCGCACUCCCACUGAAGCUGCUCACGACGAUCCGCGCUCCAACAUCAUGGUGGCCAAGAGGCUCUCCAAAGAAAUCCCGGACGCGGUGAUUCUGGAUCAGUACAAUAAUCCCAACAAUCCGCUGGCUCACAGACACACUGCGCAAGAGAUCAUUGACGCUAUCGCCAACGGCAUCGCCCCACCCAAGCAACCAGUGGCUGUGCCGACCAAGGUGGCUUCCGACGACAAAGCCAAGGCUGGUCUGCCGACGCCUGACUCCACUCCUCCGCCCUCCCUCAGCGGCCUGGAGAUUGGCGUCGGUACAAAGCACGCGGACCACUCCAAAGUCGUCGACGUGCUCGUCGCCGGUGUGGGGACGGGCGGCACCAUCAGCGGUAUGGCUACGCGCCUGCGCGAAUCGGAUCACAACCCAAACCUGCACGUCGUGGGUGUGGACCCGUUCGGAUCGACGUUGGCCGAACCUGCCACGCUCAACACGCUCCCAGACGGAGAGACGGGCGCGUACAAGAUCGAAGGGAUCGGAUACGAUUUUGUGCCCAACUCGCUGGACAAGUCUCAGAUCCAAACGUGGAUCAAGACGAAGGACGAAGAGUCGUUUGAAUUUGCCAGGAGACUGAUCAGGCAGGAGGGUCUGCUUUGCGGAGGUAGUUCGGGAGCUGCCAUGGCCGCUGCGAUGCGCUUCUUGCAGCAGGGAGGAGAGGGAUACGAAAAGUUUGGUAGCGUGCAGGGCAAAAAUGUCGUCGUUGUCCUGCCCGACUCGAUCCGCAACUACAUCACCAAACCUUGGUUGUUGGAACCCUGA